UCGCUCGGCAGAAAUAUCGUCCUAUUCAUACACAAAGUUAAAACCCAUUAAAAAAAUAUAAAAUGGACGCAGACAGCAGUGGAUCCGCGCAACGAGAUUCCCAGGCCUCCAGAUCGAGGUCCCGGCGCGAAAGGGAGAAGUAUCCCAGGGAGAGGGAACGUGAGCGGGAACGUGAGCGGGAAAGGGCACGAGAGGAGCCCAAGGUUCCCUACUUCUCCGAUGCGGUACGCGAGCGGGAUCGGAGACUGCGUCAUAGAUCUCCGCGGACGGCACCAACCAGGCACCGCUCUCGCUCCAAGUCGCACUCCUCCGAACGGGAUAGCCGGUACAGGAGGCAACGUCGCCGCUCGAGGAGUCGAAACCGCAGCCGGAGUCGCAGCAGCGAGCAGCGGAGAACACGUCCACGGAGUCCGCCGCCAAAGAUUAUCAACUACUAUGUACAAGUGCCAGCACACGAGUUCUAUGGAAUGUACAGUCCAUACCCACCGAGGUUCGGGUACCCAAGGCCACCUCCACCUCGUCUGCCACACUUUCCCCCAUCUGGCCACCGGAGAUAUGCUCAGCGAGCGCCGUUUACUGGAGGAGCACCUCGGUACAGCUACAGGAACGCGUGGCAGCCACCAAGAUAAACA